CGUAUGCAUGUAGCAAUCGUAAACAAAUCUCUGCGCCGAAUUCUCGCGGGCUCUACGACAUGAUCUCGUUGACGAAGAUCGAAAAAUCUGCAAAGGACGAGGAAGUCAUCGAGGUGAUAGACGAUCAGAACGAUCCAUACGAAGUAGAGAAAUGUGCUCGUUGGAUCCGGACGAAUGCUUUAAAACAGGUAUGUCUACAGUUUCCAGAUAACUUGUUACCAAACUCGGUAGAAGUUGCGCUACGUUUAGAAAAAGAAGUAGGGCAGAAAAUAUAUAUUUUAGGGGACACGACUUGUGGUAGUUGUUGUGUCGACGAGAUAACAGCGCAACACAUUGAUGCAGAUGGCAUAAUACACUUUGGACACGCUUGCCUUAAUCCUACCGGUCGUUUACCGAUUUUUCACGUUUUACCGAGAAACCAAUUGGACACGACGGAAUUCGCUGACGAGUUUAAGCGAAUCUUUUCCGAUUGCACAAAGAAGAUUGUAUUUUUCUAUGACGUGGCAUAUGCACAUAAAAUUGAAUAUAUAUAUAAUAUAUUGAAACCUAUAUAUAAACACUUAAUUUUGUCUAAAUUAAAUUGUACAUCAAAUGUGGAAUAUACUGAUAUAAAAACAAGCCCGGCCACAAUUGUCUUAGGUAAAAAUUAUACUUUAGAAAAUGGAUAUAAAAUACAAGAUUAUGAAGGAUUCUUUUUGGGCGAGAAAGAAAAAACUCUUGCGUUAUUAGCGAUGAGUAUACCAGUGAAGAAGUGGUAUUAUUCUACAAAUUGUAAAAUUACCGAGUUUGAAGCAUUGAAUACAUCUUGGUUAAAACGAAGAAGAUUCUUAAUAGAAAAGUUGAGAGAUGCCAAAGUUGUGGGAAUUGUAGUGGCCACAUUGGGCAUUCAAGAAUAUUUAACAGCUAUAAACACAGUAAAAAGAAUACUCAAACAAAAGAAUAAAAAGUCUUAUCUUCUUAGUGUAGGAAAAAUAAAUCCUGCCAAGCUUGCAAAUUUCACGGAGAUUGAUGCUUUUGUUGUGAUAGCUUGUCCAGAGAAUGAAGUAUUUGACUCAAGAGACUUUUUUAAACCCAUACUUACGGUGUACGAAGUUGAAUUAGCAUUUAACAGCGCGAGAGAGUUUUCUCCACAAUAUUUUAUGGACUUUCGGCAGAUAUUACCUGGUGGUUCUCACUACAUCAACUUUAAGCCAUCAAUGGAUUCGGAUGUCUCUCUCAUUACUAGUAAAGUUAGAAAUUGUGAGAAUGAUACUUUAUGUACAGAUCAAAUGAAUGCUCUGACAGUUCGUUCAUCAGGUACUGUUGCUAUUGGUAAGGCUGGAGCUCAAUAUUUACAAGAAAGAUCUUGGAAAGGUGUCGAACAAAGAUUAGGUGAAGAUCCUGUACAACCAGCAGAAACUGGUCGCAUUGGAUUAGCGUGGGAGUAUACGAAUGAAACGUUAAAAACAGAUAAUCAUAACGCACAAAUAGAAUAA